AUGCGUAAACUUCUUCUGGUUGUCACUUUAAUUACUGUUUCGUGGGCUCAACUGUAUCCGUAUGGACAAGGAGGGGGCGCGUUUGGAGCCGGACCUCAGGCCGGACUUGGCGGUGGAUUUGGCGACGGACUAGGCGGCUAUGGAGGCAGACCAGUGCUGGGCCAAGGGAUCGGCGGGUAUGGAAAUCAACCGUUUGCCGGCUACAGACCUGAAAUCGGGAUUGGAGGCUAUGGCAAUGGACCAAUUGGUGGUUAUGGCGAACGCGAGAGGCAUGGACAUCAUGGGGGUCGUGGGAACGGCUAUGUUGGCGGCUUUGGCGGAUAUGGAAAUGAACGGCUUGGCUAUGGCGGAUAUGGUGGCCGUGGCAUCAACUAA